AUGUCAAAGUUUCCAGCUAUCCUAAAUGCCACAGACAAAGACGUUAAACUUCUCCUAUCGGCUCAGUGUCAUAUCGGAGCCAAAAACCUGAAUGUUCAAAUGACUCCUUAUGUCUGGAGACGCCGUGCGGACGGUGUUCAAAUUAUCAACAUUGGCAAAACAUGGGAAAAAUUGAUUUUCGCUGCCCGUAUCAUUACUGCAAUUGAAAACCCUGCUGACGUUGUGAUUAUCUCGGCUCGUCCCUACGGUCAACGUGCUGUUCUGAAAUAUGCGUCUUUCACAGGCGCUCGACCCAUCGCCGGUCGAUUUACUCCUGGAACUUUUACGAAUUACAUCACCAGGUCAUUCAAGGAACCCCGUUUAAUCAUAGUGACUGAUCCAAGAACAGAUCAUCAGGCCAUUCAGGAGGCUUCUUACGUUAAUAUUCCUGUCAUUGCGUUAGCUGAUACGGAUUCACCUCUUAGUUUCGUCGAUGUUGCAAUUCCCACUAACAACAAGGCUAAGCAUUCGAUCGGUCUUAUUUAUUGGAUGCUAGCUCGUGAAGUACUUCGUCUUCGCGGUAAUAUCAGACGCGAUACCCCGUGGGAUGUGAUGGUGGAUAUGUUCUUCUACCGCGACCCCGAAGAGGUUGAAAAAGAGGCCGAAACAACUGGCACCGCACCUGAGAAGACUCAAUCCUCAUUUCAGUUUGAUGGCAAUAACAAUUGGGAUAACCAAGAUAAUCCAAGCGAAUGGGAUGCGUCAGGUACCGCAGCGCCCGGUGGUAUUAAUCCUAGUAUUGCCGCUGUGGCUACUGCUCACGCCACAACAUCUAAUUGGGAUGCACCCGGUGCAGAGGAAUCGGGAAGUUGGGGUGGACACGAGGCUAGUACCAACGUUCCAGAAGCUUCUGCUUUUGGGGAAAGUCCAUUUGAAACUACUACGAAUUCGAAUUGGGCUGAUGAGACAUCCGGGACAGGAGGAUGGGGUACUACGAAUGAAACUGACGGAGGUUGGAAUGCGAAUGAGACUGAGAAUAAUGGCGCAUGGAAAACUGAGAAGCCUGAAACCGAGGAAGAUAAAAAAGAGAAUACUGGAACAGGUUGGGAUUAA